CUUACUCUUGUGGCAAUCCUCAUACUUGGGUGCAGAUCGGGGGUCAACUACCUCAGCCGAUCCGCAGCGCCCAUGGCCAUCCGUAUCAGCGUCUCCCUCGCCAGCGGGAAGUCUGUGGAAGUGGAGCUGCCGCCUGAGGCGAAGGUGUCCGAGCUGAGACACCGGGCGGAGCAGGAAUUGGCUACGCCCAUCAGCUACUUGGUCACUGGCAGCGGCCAUGUGUUGCCACCGCACGGUGCCCUCCAUGGUGCUCUGGCGGAUCAGGAGGAAAUCACCGCAAUCGUCGGGCAAUGGCCCAAAGUGGCCGCAUCCAUGACGGCCUUUGCAUGUGUGAAGGCCGGCUCGGGCGAAAGGACGACUGUUCAACCAGGUACCGGAUCAACCCCAGUGAACUUAAGCAAGUACUGGGAUGGGAAACUCGAUUUGAGAGUUAGCAGGCACCAUGGCUUGGAAUGUGUGUGCCUUGGAAUGCUUUGACCCCCAUUCCUUUCUGUUGCUUUGGGACAAGGUCCGUGGUUUUUCCUUGAACGUUAUGGACUUGGCCAAGGCUGAUGGCUCCGUUGAGGCCUGGGGGCCUGCCAAGCACGGAGGUGACUGCAGCGGUCAAGUCUUGCGGAACGUGGUGAAGAUCCGUAGCAACCUCGGGGCAUUCGCCGCGGUGCGCUCUGAUGGGUCAGUGGCCACUUGGGGGAGUCCCCGUGAUGGCGGAGACAGCAGCAGUGUACAAGCGCGGCUGGUGGAUGUCCAGGAGAUUCAUUCAACCAGCUGCGCCUUUGCCGCUCUCUUGGGCGAUGGCUCCUUGGUGACCUGGGGAGAUCCCCACAGCGGCGGAGACUCACAGGAGGUGAACGACGAGCUGCACGACGUCCGGCAGAUCCAAGCCAACAUGGAUUCCUUCGCCGUGAUCCGUGCCGACGGCAGCGCCUUCAGCUGGGGAAGCGCUUCCGGAUCAUCCGAGGAAAUUCAAGAGCAGUUGAAAGAGGUGGAGAUGAUCCAGGUCACCACCGCUGCGUUUGCAGCCAUUUGCAAAGAUGGACAUGUGGUCACCUGGGGCAAUGCGCAGAACGGUGCCAAGAGUGAGCAUGUGCAAGGCCAGCUGAAGGCUGUCCAGCAGAUCCAAGCCACGCACGCUGCAUUCGCAGCUUUGCGUUCUGAUGGUGCUGUGAUUUCCUGGGGCUUGGGCGAACUGGGUGGAGACAGCAGCUCGGUGGAGCACCAACUGCAGAGUGUCCUGGCACUCCAAGCAACAGACGGCGCCUUCUGCGCCCUGCGCGCGGAUGGCUCUGUGGUGACAUGGGGCAGUAAGGGCUACGGGGGUGACAGCGAUGCGGUCCAGGAGCAGCUGAAAGAGGUGCAAGCAAUUCAGGCCACCCGGGUGGCCUUCUGCGCCUUGUUGCGCUCGGGAACCGUGGUGUGCUGGGGCGCCCCGCUCUUCGGUGGCACCACGCCGCAUGCACCGCUCUGCGGCCCCGUCAAGGCCCUGCAAGCGACGCGGAGCGCCUUUGCAGCUCUGGUGGAGGGCGGGGAGGUCAUGUGCUGGGGGGCUCCUGAAGAAGGAGGUGACAGCAGCGGAGUUCAGGAGCACUUGCAUAAUGUGGCUGAGAUCCAAGCCAAUGCAAGAGGAUUUGCUGCCCUGAAGAGCGAUGGCUCCGUUGUAUCAUGGGGUGGUGGGACCAGCCCAGCCUAUGAUCAAUACCUUUACGCUAUGAAUGAUUAGCUUGGCCCAAAGACUUGAAUGCGUGGCACGAAGACAUGCCUCAACCGUUGCAUGGCAGCUACAGCAUGCUACAGCAAGCGUAAGGCCCUCGACAUCGGGGAGGAGACCUUCGGGCAGUGUGUGUGUUUCAUUAACCUCAGUUUCCGACACCUCCUACUGGACAUGUCUCUCGGGAAGAUUUCCGCAGGUGGUUCACUUGGCGAUCGUGUGAGGUCAGGCUACAUCGGAAUGAGCGCUUCUAGAUUUCAGGAAAUCUGGCUCAGAUCAUUUUAUUGAGUUUGAUCUGAGGCCACGCCUCUUGAGCAUCUUCAGUUGCAGAGAUUGAUUGAGC